AUUGCAUCAGCAGGGUCGCGUCACGCUCGGUGCGGGGCGCGGGCAGGGACACCCGGCAGCUGCGGCGUCCCGACUCCCGAGAUCGUCUGCCACACUGCCAGCCCACUACCGCCGAGGACGCCGCCAGGACAGCAAGCCUUGCCGUGCCCAUCCCACGCCCUCAGCCAGAAUGUACCGCGCUGCCUCCCUCCUCCGGCUGCCCGCGACUCGCCGGGCAGUCCAGCACCUGACGGCGAGGAGCUACGCCAAGGACGUCAAGUUCGGCUCCGAGGUGCGGGCCAUGAUGCUGCAGGGCGUCGACGUGCUGACAGACGCCGUGGCCGUCACCAUGGGCCCCAAGGGACGCAACGUCAUCAUUGAGCAGAGCUGGGGCAGCCCUAAGAUCACCAAGGACGGAGUGACGGUGGCAAAGGCUGUGGAGCUGAAGGACAAGUUUCAGAACAUUGGUGCCAAGCUGGUGCAGGAUGUGGCCAACAACACCAACGAGGAGGCCGGUGACGGCACCACCACCGCCACCGUGCUGGCCCGCACCAUCGCCAAGGAGGGCUUCGACAGAAUCAGCAAGGGAGCAAACCCAAUUGAAAUCAGGCGAGGUGUGAUGCUGGCCGUUGAUGCAGUCAUUGAACACCUGCGUACUCUCUCCCGCCAGGUGACCACUCCUGAGGAGAUUGCUCAGGUGGCCACAAUCUCUGCCAAUGGUGACAGUGAAGUGGGCCAGCUCAUUUCUGCAGCCAUGGAAAAGGUUGGCCGUAAUGGUGUCAUCACGGUCAAGGAUGGCAAGACACUUAAGGAUGAGCUGGAGGUCAUUGAGGGCAUGAAGUUUGACAGGGGUUACAUCUCCCCAUAUUUCAUCAACACCUCAAAGGGUGCAAAGGUGGAGUACCAGGAUGCCUUAGUCCUUUUGUCCGAGAAAAAAAUCUCCUCCAUUCAAUCCAUCAUCCCAGCACUGGAGAUUGCCAACCAGCAGAGGAAGCCUCUGCUGAUCAUUGCUGAGGAUGUGGACGGUGAGGCGCUGAGCACCUUGGUGGUGAAUCGCCUCAAGAUUGGCCUCCAGAUUGCUGCUGUCAAGGCCCCAGGCUUUGGGGACAACCGCAAAAACACCAUUCAGGACAUUGCCAUUGCCACAGGUGCUCUCGUCUUCAAUGACGAGGCCAGCAUGGUUAAAAUGGAGGAUGUGCAGGUACAUGACCUUGGCAUGGUGGGGGAGGUGCAGAUCACCAAGGAUGACACACUGCUGCUGAAAGGCAAGGGCAAGUCGUCAGACAUUGAGAGGCGAGUCAACCAGAUCAGGGAGCAGAUUGAGGAUAGCAACUCAGAGUAUGAGAAGGAGAAGAUGCAGGAACGAAUGGCCCGACUGUCCAACGGAGUGGCUGUGGUGAAGGUUGGCGGCUCAUCCGAGGUGGAGGUCAAUGAGAAGAAGGACCGUGUGAAUGAUGCUCUUUGUGCCACCCGUGCAGCCAUCGAGGAAGGCAUUGUUCCUGGUGGUGGCGUGGCCCUCCUCCGCUGCCUCCCUGCCCUGGAGCAGCUCACCCCAGCCAAUGAAGACCAGAAGAUGGGCAUUGACAUCAUCCGCAAGGCCAUCAGGACCCCGUGCCACACCAUCGUCACCAAUGCAGGCAUUGAUGCGGCUGUCAUCGUCAACAAGGUGGAGGAGGCAACAGGUGAUAAUGGCUAUGAUGCUGCCACUGGGAAAUUUGUCAACCUUGUGGAGGCGGGAAUCAUUGACCCAACCAAGGUGGUGCGCACAGCCCUCACUGAUGCAGCAGGAGUCGCCUCUCUGUUGACCACAGCCGAGGCGGUCAUCACAGAGAUCCCGAAGGAGGAGCCGGCCGGUGGUGGAAUGGGCGGCAUGGGUGGGAUGGGAGGAAUGGGGGGCAUGGGAGGGAUGGGUGGCAUGAUGUGAGAUUCUUAUCAUUAAGUUAAGAUGCCAAUUGUUGGGUGUUUUCCCAGGGUGGCUUGAUGCAGUAUGUUAUUGGUGAAUGAGAGCUCCUUUCAUCUAACCAGCAGCUAGGGUCCAGGGCAUUACCAUGUUCCUAUAAUGUUGGAGGAAGCCAGUUUCAUUUUGAAGGACUUAUCAUUCCAAAGUGCUGCUGUGCUGGUGACAUUAUCCAUUAUUUCAUCUUCAUACCUUCAUAACCAUGUAUGUGACUCGUGUAAUCGGUCUGACAAUAGGUAAUAAGUGUUUCAUGUACAAAGUGUAGAUACACACAAAAUGUAGAUAAUUUUGUUAUCCUCAAGAAGUGUUUAUAAUAUUAAUUAAAUGAGUUUUUGAUCAA